CGGCGAUUACACAUUUUGUAGUGCAAACGGAAAGUUGAAAGCUUAGUUUCGUCGGCUUUUUCGUGAUUCUUAUCUGAGAAAAUAUGGCGGGAGAAGUAAUAGUGGAUGCCUUGCCCUAUGUAGACCAGGGAUACGAUGAACCAGGAGUCAGAGAAGCGGCUUAUGCCCUUGUAGAGGAGGAGACCAGGAGAUAUCGUCCCACCAAGAACUACCUAGAGCAUCUGCCAGCCAUUGACAGCACUCCAUUUGUCACUGAAGUUUUGAAGAAUGAAUUUGAAAGGAUGGCCAUGAGGCAGCCCAUGGAUAUGUUAAGCAUGAAAAGAUAUGAGUUGCCUCCCCCUCCCAUCGGACGCCAGAAUGACAUCACAGCCUGGGCAGAGUGUGUCGAGAACUCCAUGGCGCAGUUGGAACACCAAGCCGAAAGAGUGAUCAACCUUGAACUUCUCCAAAAUUAUGGCAGCCAUGCCUGGAGAGCACACAAUGACAUCCUGGUGAAGAUGGUAGAAAGUGCCCAGCAUCAGCUACAAGACAUCAAGAAACAAAUCCAGGAGGUCAAUUGGAAAAGAAAAAACAAACAGACUGCUUCAGGACCAGAACUCGGAAGAUUGCAAGAAAGCUGGGCUGGUUUGGUGUCCAAGAACUACGAGAUAGAGAGGGCAUGUCUUGAGCUGGAAUAUGAUACCAACAAACUCAAACACCAGGUGGAUUCCUUGAAACCCAGUACUGACACACAAUAUGGACAAGCUAAUCGCCAAAACGAUGAUGUUGAUAUGGAGGAAAGUGAUGAGGAUGAGGAUGACGAUGACGAUGAGUAUGCUGCUUCGAGAUGAUACUGUGGAAGGGAUUCUUCCAAUCUUUUGAAAUAUUUCAGUGUCAUUGGACUUUUUGGAGAAUGACAGAAGUAGCUAUUUAUUCCCUCCGUUGGAAACAGAUAUUCUGAGUGUUUAUGAGGAUAGAUGUAAAAAGUUUAUUUUGACUUUUAAAGAUGAAAUUUAAUUCUGUCUGUGAAAUGGAAUAAUGGACGACACUGUCUCAAAGUGAUUGAGAAAGGCUGUUUGUAAUACACCUAUGAAUUGGGGGCUUACUAUAAGGCAAUGGUAUC